UGAAAACCCCGGGAGUUUACCAACGGUGAGGGAAUGGUGGAAGUCGGAACAUUUGGCACAAAUGGCGACCCUCACCACUCACCACUUUAUGCAAAUCGCUGUAAUCUUUCUGCUGCCGGUAGUUCUAAGAGUUCUGUAGUCUUCCUUCACCCCUUGCUGUUAUUGAUAUGAUCCUGACGACCACAACCAUCCACCUUAUCCGUGUAAAGCUGCCCAACACCACAACAACCACUCAUCUCCCGGAGCGAACACACCUGCCACUGUUGGGCAAAGGAUCUGAGGGUAGUGCCAGAGCUGAUCUUGUUACAAUUUUUGCCCUUCUGCGGCCAUGAAUUCUUCACUGAUGACCCGAGGAACGAGCGAUGUUCUGGAGGAGCUCCAGUUGCUCACAGCUCAGAACCUGGAACGGCUGGAGGUGAAUAAGUACUACGAGGUGAUUAGAGAGCUGGGAAAAGGAACCUAUGGCAAGGUGGACCUGGUCAUCCAUAAGGUUAGAGGUACAAAAAUGGCUUUGAAGUUCCUGAGGAAGAAGACAACCAAACUGAAGAGUUUCCUCAGAGAGUACAGCAUCUCCCUUUAUCUGUCAGCCUCACCUUUCAUCAUUGACAUGUUUGGCAUCGCCUUUGAAACCGAUGAGUAUUAUGUAUUUGCCCAGGAAUAUGCUACAGCAGGAGAUCUGUUUGACAUCAUUCCGCCUCAGGUUGGUCUCCCUGAACAAAUUGCCAAACGCUGUGUGCACCAAGUUGCUUUAGCUCUGGACUAUCUGCACAGUAGGAAGCUGGUACACCGUGACAUCAAGCCCGAGAACAUCCUCAUCUUUGACAAGGAGUGCCGCAAGGUCAAACUGUCAGAUUUUGGAAUGACCCGUCGGGCUGGUACUCCUGUCAAGCGGGUGAGUGGUACCAUCCCUUACACUGCUCCGGAGCUCUGCGAUGCCUCCAAGCAUGAGGGCUUCUCCGUGGAGUACAGCAUUGACAUCUGGGCUUUCGGGGUGCUACUCUUCUGCAUGCUCACGGGGAACUUCCCCUGGGAGAAAGCCCUCCUCUCAGACUCAUUCUACGAUGAAUUUGUGAGAUGGCAAAAACGCAGAGGGUCCAAUGUGCCAUCACAGUGGAGGAGGUUCACCGAUGAUGCUCUCCGCAUGUUCCGGAAACUUCUGCCUAUCGAACCGGAGCGAAGGUGCUCAGUCAAGGAGAUAUUCAGGUACCUGAGUUAUCGGUGGAUGCUAGACACAGAUUGCAGUAACAGCAUUGCUGAUGGGAGCUCUUCCUCGGAGGAAGACCUGGUGGCCAGGAUGAAGCAACAGAGUCUGUCUCCCGUGUGCAGCAUUGCAAAGAAUGGCAUCUCCAUGGAAACUCCAUCCUCGCGUUUCACGUCUGUGACAACGUCCAGCUCCCUCUCAUCUAACAGCAGCUAUGAGAGGGCAUCAAGGGAGAGCAACAACACCAGGAUUCUGGUCACCACACCUAUUGAGAUCUGUGUCUAGCUGACAUUGAAAUGUCCGAGUCGUGGUUGCCUUUUAAGUGUGACAAACAACAUGUCUUACAGAGUAACGAACUUAUUCUUACUGAAGGAAACAAGUGUUUGUUGCUUUGGGAGUCAUCGUGAGCUGUCAGCUGGGGCUCAAACUCCAAUGGGGCUCGCUCUGAACUAUUGAUCUUCAAAGCCUUCACCUUAAGCUGAUUCUCACCAUUUGUGACUAAGUUGCUUUGUGUCUUUGGGUCAGGGAAGAUGAUACAUGAGACACAGUGACUAACAUCAGGAGAUGAAAUGGCUCAUGGAUCCAAAGAAACGAGGCACGACUUUUGCAAAGAUCUCAACCGAUUAAGAUCGAUUUCUGCAGAACGAUCCACUUUUUCAAUUAUAUAUUGCGAGCAAAUGUCAAGGGCACUGUUCAGUGACAAGAUUGUGGCAGUUGCUUCUGUUCAAAUGGCUUUUCUUCCUAAGGGCUUGGUAGUGUUCACUGAAAGGAGUGAACACUCUGCACAAGUCAUCUUUACCAACAAUCACCUUUCACUAAUGUGACUGUGACUUCCCAUUUCCAAACACUAAUUUAUUGGUUCAGAUUUUUAAAAGUUAAAGUUAACCUUAUUUUGCGCCUAGCAGCUUUUGUCCUCUCUCUUUCCCAGGCACUGGUAGCAUGUGAGCUGAUAACUGUCUAAACAUCAUACUUAAUAACCAGUAGUAAGCUGAUCUUACAACACUAAUGAAGUUAAUAUUUCAUCGAACAAAAAUAGGUAACAUUUAGAUCAUUGCUAGAAUUAGGUAAGUUAAGUGAUGAGGUAGUUUCAGUGCAAAGGAAUAAACCCUGAUGAUCAAGAGCGAGGGCACCAACAUCACUUCUCAAAUACUUUUCAUUCUGACCUCUUAACCCUUUUCAUCCUGGCAUGGACCAGCUGGACCAUGCAGCCUGUUGCUCUGAUGUGUUAUAUGUUCUGUGUCUAUCCCUUGAAUCAGUGUGUGCUCAAGGGGGUGGAUUUUGUUGUCUGUUUCACUCCUGUGUCAUACUGUGCCUGUUACAGUGAGGUCUGAAUGGAACUAACACUGGUAUCAGCAGAACUCAGGUGGUAAAUUUAGGUAGUGGUGACAUUGGGUGUGAGUUCAGAGCCUGUGCCAGCUUCUCCGGAGCAUUGCUGGGAGCUUGCCUAAGGAGAAGUUGGGGGGAGAGGUGUUAAAGGAGGCCAGUUUGCAAUCCAAUUCCGAUUAGUUCUCAAUGUUUCCCAGAGAAGUAGUCUGUAGCAACUGCUUGAGGGGUUGAACUGUUUUAGAGAUUACAACCUUUAAAACACCACAGCUGUUCAGCCGAUAGGUGCACUGCCUCAAGACACCAAUGUCCUGGGUUCUGCCCUGACUUCCAGUGCCAUCUGUGUGGUUCUAUCCCAAUAAGCUUGUGGAUUUCCUCCAAGAGAUUUGGUUUCCAGUACAGGUUGGUAGGUUAAUGCCACUUAAAAACGUGAGUGUGCAGGUGAGUGAUAGAAUCUGGGGGGAGGGGGCAGGGGGGUGUUGAUGGGAAUGUGGGCCAAAUAACUGAGAUUGAUGUAGGAUUGCAGUAAAUGGGUAUUUGAUGGUCAGUGUGGUCUAGGUGGGCCAAUUAUUUUUAUAGUUGUUAGGCUCCUGCUGUGUUUAUCGAUCCUUUGUCAAAGAUCCUGUUGUCAACACGCAGCUGAUUCCCUUCCUUUCCACAUCUUCCUUGUAUAUAGAGAAAAAGGAAACAUCAGUUCAGUGAAUUGUGCAAAUUACAAUCAAUAUGUAGACUACAACGUAGUUCAACCAACUCCAGAUACAGUGUAGAGUGUGAGACUUCCCUAUCGGAUCCUCAGUAGCACUGGGCACAUGGAAAGUGCAAGAGAGGCACUGACCUCAGACUACUGUGGUCUCAACCAUGGCACCCACAGCAGGGAAAUUCUCUCUUGACUUUUUGCUGAAGGUUUUGAAGGUACAGUAUGACUUCAAAAGUGAGGCAUGCCUAGCAGCCAGUUGUCUGGGUAAUGUUCUUGUGGCAGAGGGGUUGGGUUAUGCAUCUGAUGAAGAAGUCAGGCUUAUGGUAACUCUCAACAAGGCUAAUGACUGAAGGUAAUUUUAACUCAACUCGCUAAGUGGUAUAUAGAGACAGCAAAGUAAAUGAAAGUAGGAAUAUCCAGUGGAAGACUGACCUAAUUUAUUGCUUAUCCAGACCUCAUCUCUGUAGUAUUACUGUGAUCUUGCAGUCCUGUUCUUGUGAUGAAGCUCGAAUUCCCAUCUGCAGGCAGCUGGUAAAGCACCUGACACUAGUUGGUAUUUAUCAUCUUCCAGUCAUAAGGUCCAUCCAUGAAGCUAAGCAGUGGUACUGUGUCCUUUGACCCACUAAAUGUAACAAAAGCCACACAACCAAUUGGAUUACUGGAAAUCAAAUUGUUGCCAAGGAAUCUAGUUUUAAAACACUUUUUAAAAGAUGAGAAAGUCCUUUAGUCUAUCAGAGUUCAGGUGUGUAAAGUUACCAGGCAGAAAAGAUGUUAUCUGUGGCAACCGUUUGAGGGCACAAUUGGUUAACUGGCUGGUGAACAUUUUUAGGAGGAUGUAUGUGUUUACUCUUAUAAGGCUCUGGCUACACUUUUUACUUCAGAUUGCCUCUCGACAUUCUUCCCAACCGGCACUCCUCAUUCUUUAAACAUCAAGACAUGCAAAAAAUAACAGGAAAUUUAGGAUAAGGCAUCUUAACAGAUUACAAUCCUUGUGUAUCUUCACUGUGCUUACAAAACAAAUGUUUCUAAUGUUAAUGUAUGGGCAAUACGCUCUAUAUACUAUCACUUAUUUAACAAAGUUUUACAAUGAAUUGUCAUAGAUUUUUUUUUAUCAAUUUGAAAACCGAAAACAUAGGGCUAUGAAAAUGGCAUCAUAGAGAAAACUUUGUGAUGUAUACUGUACCUGUAUUCAUUCUGCAAAGAUUCAAGAGUGUUACUUGGCUGGAACUCUGCAGGAAGGAGCUGGAGAUGGGAGCAGCCCAGCUCAG